UUAUCGGACGGUGGUUUUAGUACGCAAAACUAUUUGUUACUAAUUAAAUAAACAUAAUUUAUUUUUAAACCGCUACGGAAGGUUGCCCGAGUGCGAGAUGUUCCCGCCGACGCGCAUUCGGAGCUGCCUUCCAGUCAUAAACCCUAUGUUCAAACGAUUGAAGCCGCACAGGCCGUUCAGGCAAACAUCGAACAUCCACAACCAGACAAAGGCGAUUAAUAACACGGCUCAGCUCCAGAAGUCUAAAUGGACAAGUUUUCGAGCGAUAUUCACACGAUGGGUGCCUCUCGGGAGCGUUAUUUACGUGGGAUGGUGCUAUAUACGCGCGAGUAUAGACUACGAAGUGUCGAAAGUCGAAAUAAAAUUUUACGAAAUGUUUCCUUUCCGAGUGACUAGUCGACUGUGGGGCCGUUUGGCGGCCUGCGAACUUCCAGUAUCGCUACGGAGCAUCGUUUAUGGUACCUAUGCCCGUAUGUUCAACGUAAAUUUAAAUGAAGCUGCAGUGUCAGAUCUUACAUAUUACAAGAGUCUAUCUGCUUUUUUUACGCGACCACUGCGAGAUGGAGCAAGAUACAUAUCUCCAGCGCCUUGCGUAUCCCCCUGCGACGGAGUAGUGUUAAACUGUGGUCCCGCAAAGACGGACAGAAUAGAGCAAGUUAAAGGUGUCACAUACAGCCUUGAAGAAUUUCUAGGCGAGAAUACAUGGUCCGCGAACAAAAGCAACAACUAUUAUGAAUCAUUGUUAAAGGAUAAAAAGAAUAUACUCCACCAGUGCAUCAUAUACCUCGCGCCUGGCGAUUAUCACAGAUUCCACGCGCCCUGCGACUGGACGUCGAACUUCCGACGUCAUUUUUCCGGGAAAUUAUUAUCUGUUAACCCUUGGAUGGCUAAAUUGAUACCAGGCCUGUUUACAAUGAACGAAAGAGCGGUAUACGUUGGAGAAUGGAAACACGGCUUCUUCAGCAUGACAGCAGUCGGAGCUACAAACGUAGGCUCGAUAGAAAUAUACAAAGAUCCAGAUUUAAGAACAAACACUAAAGGAAAACGGAACAGAGUUGACGAAGCAGUAAUAGAAAAGAUGUCGUUCAAAAAAGGCGAGCUGUUCGGCCAAUUCAACAUGGGCAGUACAGUGAUACUGCUCUUUGAAGCUCCCGCGGAUUUUACGUUUGAUUUAAAGAGCGGGGACAAGGUCCUCGUGGGUCAGGCGCUGACAGAAAUGACACAGGAACAGUCUAGAUGACCAGUUUACAAUGACAUAGUGUAUUUCGCCCAAGUGGCUCUCAUGAUGUGUAUUAUGUCCCUGUUGCUAUAAGCAGCUUUUUAUGUGUAUGAGAAAGUGUCAGUGUUGCGAUAAAUGUAUACAUGCAUGGAACACGCUUGUAAUAUCUAUGUAUUGUGUACAAUGUCCCUGAUU